AUAAAGCACAUACAUCGUUACAAUCAAAGUUAAAUUUUACUCUCCCUGUUUUUUCGUAUCAGCUAGCCAUGGUGAUCCAAGAAGCUCUCCGUCUAUAUCCCCCCGGAGCCGUGGUGGCAAGAGAGGCUCUCGAAGACCUCAAAUUGGGAACCCUAAACCUACCAAAAGGCAUCAAUAUAUUCAUCCCCGUCCCCACAAUGCAUCUCGAUCCCAACAUUUGGGGUUCCGAUGCUGCCGAAUUCCGCCCCGAGAGAUUCGAACACGGCGUCCUCAACGCCUGCCGUCUCCCCCAAAUGUACAUGCCCUUCGGUGUCGGCCCUCGCACGUGUCUCGGCCAGAAUUUCGCCAUUAUCGAGCUCAAGAUUGUCCUCGCCCUAAUCCUUCAGAGGUUUUGCUUCCACUUGUCGACCAAUUAUCGGCACUCGCCCACUCUUCGGUUGAUUGUCGAGCCUGAGUUUGGGGUGGACUUGAUCAUGAGCAAGGUUGGACUUAAUUAAUGUUGCUCCUGAUUGUGAUUUGUAAUUACAUAUUACCACUUUCCAUUCAUAUGUAUUUACAUAUCUGA